AUGGCUUUUGCGAAUGCUGUUGGUACGGAUGCUGUAUCCAAAAAUGUUGAAGCUGAUAAAGAAAAUAUUUCUUUAGCGAAAACAUUCACUGUCGAAAUUUUACAGAUCAUUAAAGAAGCCCAACAGCAACAUGGUCUUCGACAUGGUGACUAUCAACGUUACAGGAGUUAUUGCAGCCGCAGACUUCGACGUAUUCGUAAAUCUUUGCACUUUCCCCAAGGAUCAAAGCACAAGGUGGUACCCAAGAAAAUUCAAGAGGAAAUGUUGGUUGAUGUCAGAUAUCUACAUAUUCCCUUAUUUUGUGCGGAGAGAGCCUGGGGUUAUUAUAUGCAGCUAAAAGCUGAAGCAAACACAGAGCCCAGGAAACGUUUUCAUAUGUUGUCGCGUCUGAAGAAAGCAGUGCAGUAUACUGCAGAUUUGGCUCGGCUAUGUCAGAGUGCCUGCUGUGAUGCCCGUACCAAACUAGAGUCCCAAGGUUACCAAGCCUGGAUGAAAGGAACUUUGGAAUUUGAACUGGAGGAUUGGCGAAGUGCAAUGGAGCUGUACACUAAUUCGGAGACUAUUUAUUCCAAGUUGGCCAGUGCCUUCACAGACGAAACAAAAGAUUUAUACUUACAGCGAGUGUCUGAAGUGGCUCCCAACAUUCGCUACUGUAGCUUUAGGAUUGGUGAUGAAUCUGCUGUAAAAGAUUUAUUGCAGAUGAGGCUUAAAUCUGGGGAAGAUGCUCAUCUUGCCCAUUUGGAUCAAUUGUUAUCCCAAACCCGUGAAAAGCAGGCUGCCACAUUGUCUGAGGUAACCUGGCGGGACCGUACAGUGCCUGUGAAGAAUGAACAAGUUAGACUGUUUCUGCUAAAUCUGCAAGAAUCUGACAAGCAAGUUGAGUCAGCUGAGGGAUUUGACAGCAAAUUAUCUGUUAUUGAAAGUUUAUUGAAACAGUGCAUAGAUGCUCAGCAAGUUCUCAGGGAGAUGCUGAAUGAUGACCAGAAUUUUAAGGCAGCAUUGCGUGGCCAACCAAUUGAUGGUAGGAUCUCCAACCAACAUUAUUUGCACUCUUACCUCACUUUCAUCCGACUUACUAAGACAAUUAAAAGAAACUUGCUUCUAAUUGACAAUAUGAAGCAGUACCUUCCCAAUAUGGUGGUACCAGAAGGGAAAAAAAUUACUAAGCCUCAAGAUUUGGUUCGUCUUUAUGAUAUUAUUAUCCAGAAUCUAAAUGAAAUUCUCAAUUUACCAGGCAUUGAAGAAGAUUCCAAUUUAUCAAAUGAAAUCAAAGCUCAAAUUUUAGGUUUUAAAGCUUUCAGAACUUACUACAUUGCAUUUUCUUAUUCUAUGGACAAAAAAUGGAAAGAAUCUAUAGCUUUAUAUGAGAGGGUUUUGGGUUAUGCCGAGAAAAGCUUGGAAGGUUACAAAAUGCUGGCCUCUCCUGGUGGAAUUUCUGACACAAAUGUUGAAUAUAAGAAGAUAGCAGACUUGAUAAAGAAUGUGUCCUGUCUGAAACAUUCAUGUCAUGCAUCAAGUAUUUUGGAUUCAGGGGAUACGAUGGAACCAGUGAAAACCGUCCCUCAUAAAAAGCUUCUUAUUGAUAGGCUUCAACUGUAUAUAGAGGACCAAUCAUUGACUGGCAAGCAUCCCAAACUCACGACUUUUCCUCCAAAUUUUGAACCCAUUCCUUGCAGACCCUUGUUUUAUGACUUGGCACUUAAUCAUAUUGCAUUUCCGUCCUUGGAAGGCAAAACAGAACAAAAAGGCAGUGGUGGCAUCACUGACCUGGUCAAGGGUUGGUUAUGGGGUGGUGGAAAGAAAUAG